GGUUAUGCCAGAAUCUUUAGAAUUACCAGCGCUAUAUGCGCGUCACCACAGACUUCUUAAAAUUGGGAAUUUUACUGCUAGUUUAUCGUCCCAGCACCGAAAGGCUCUAGGCAGAUUCCAGAAGAGGCUACCCAGAGUGCCGCUGGACCGGAGACCAAAGGAGAGCUGGAGAGGGAAGAGAGUGGAGGCGGAACUGGAGCCAGAUAGGACACCUCCACCCAGGGAAGCCCCACCCUACUGCGGAAGUGCAGUGAAUGCCAUCUGUGAUGAACUCUAAUGAAGCCGCACACGGGAGCUGACGGCCACAGUCAGCAGGAGACACCACUGCAAACCCAGGACAGUAGUGGAGCAGGGUCUUCCUCAAACACUGGAGUCUUACCCUCCCCUUGACCCAAAUAACAUCCCAUAGCAGUCACCAGCAAUGUCCAGACGCAGGAAAUCCUCCACCCCCUGCAUGAUCCGGGUAAGUGACAUGAUGGAGCAGGAUGACUCGGAAGAAAUGGAAGUGUCCACUGACAUUGUGACUAAAAAUGUGACUAAAAAUGGGUCUUCAGAGUCUGUUGAAAAUCAGGACCAGACAUUCCAAGACACUAUAGAAGCAAAGGUUGUGGCUGAAGCUGAUCCUAUGCCCCGGCGGAGGCAGCAUGGAGGUUAUGAGUGCAAAUACUGUACCUUCUCCACCCAGAACCUGAAUGACUUUAAAGAGCACGUAGACUCUAGUCACCCCAAUGUUAUACUCAACCCCCUCUACCUGUGUGCCGUGUGCAACUUCAGCACCAAAAAGUUUGACUCUCUAACAGACCACAAUGAGACCCAACACCCUGGAGAAACCAACUUCAAGUUCAAGAGGGUAAAAGUAAGUAACCAGACCAUCUUGGAGCAGACAAUCGAAGGCAAGACCAAUUCAGUUGUCUGCGAUACUGCAGACGGACAAGGUGGUAACGGCUUUGUCACUUUUCCACCGAGAAAACCAACUACGGUGAAGAACAGCAAGCCAAAAAUGGACAACAUACAGUCCCUCUACCAAGGGAAUGAUUUGGAGAACCCAUUGGAAAACCUUAUCCCAAAAGAUCAAAUCACAGCUGUGAACAUAAACGGCACGAUGAUCAUCCCUGAACCAACGAUCAUUCAAGGUCUCUCAUAUGUAAUGCCAUUACUCCAACGACCACCCAACUUCAGUUCUGUACCAACAAUUGCUGUUCCUCUGAACUCCACCCAAUAUAAUACUUCAUUGGACAAUAAUACAACCCUAAUGACAUCGUUUAACAAAUUCCCUUACCCAACCCAUGCUGAGCUGUCCUGGCUCACUGCUGCGUCCAAGCACCCAGAAGAGCAAAUAAAGGUGUGGUUCACUACCCAACGGCUAAAGCAAGGCAUCACCUGGUCACCAGAGGAAGUUGAGGAAGCCAGGAAGAAAAUGUUCAAUGGCUCCAUCCCACCCAAGCAUCAGACUUUCACCGUUCUGCCUACCCCAAUCUCUCAGCCUGCCAAAGCCACCCAGCCCCUUAUUCAGACUAGCUUUGGGCAGUCUAGUCUAGUACUGACAAGUAUUGCUAAUGGAUCAACCAUGACCUGUGCUCCUGUUGCAGUGACUGUAGCCAGUUAUGUGCAACCUCUCAAGCGACCCUUGACAACUGCUUCAUUCGCCCCAGAUUUAAAGCGCCCCAUGGCGGCCCCUGCAGAAGACCCAAAAGAGAAGAUACUAAUGGCCCCUCCUCCAGUUCCCCGAAAAGAGAAACUUCACAUGGCCCCACCCCCAGUCCCACCUGAACUGAAGAGAUCUGUAGCUCUUCCUAUUAUUGCCUCUGAGAUGAAGAGGUCCUCGGCAGCACCUCUCAUGGCAUCUAAAGGAAAACUGUCCAUGGCACCUCCACAUGUGAACCCCAAAAACAAGCUGCCAAUGGCACCUUCUCCAGUCUUCCCCGAGAUGAAGAGAUCUAUUGUGUCCCCUAUUGUCGCCCCUCAAUUCAAGAGUUACAUGCUGCCUCCUUCAUUAGUCUCUAAAGACAAGCUUCCGAUCACCCACUCUCUAUUGGCUUUAGACUUAAAGUUACCAAUCUCACACCCUCUCAUUGCCCCUCAAGUGAGGAGGCCAACCAUAAUCAAGUCAGCACGGACUUCCCUCAAGGGCCCGUUCCAGCUCCCUAGCCUUUGCCCCGACAGCAAGGAAACAAAAGUGCAACUAACAGAGCUGAAAGCCGGAUAUAUCAGAGGACGUCUCUCAGAGGACAAAGUGCUCACCCCUCUUGGGGAAGCCAAUGGUGUCUCUCGAGGGGAUGCAAAGUGGGUUCAUGACCAAGGGCCUCAUGCAGACAACGGCAUUCUACAGUUGGACAAUGAGCUAGCAUCGAAGCCAGAGCAGCAAAAAUCAGUCCCCACUCAAUUUCCACUCUUGGAGAGAAUGAAAGGAAAGACCUCUGAGCAGCUGAAGAUUCUAGAAGAGAACUUCCAGAGAAACAGCUCUCCAACAUACAAUGACGUUGACAAUCUGGUAAAUGCAUCCCGACUGUCACGGGAGGAAAUUGACAGUUGGUUUUUAGAGCGCCGGGCGCUGCGUGACAACCUUGACCAAGCCCUUCUAAACUCCAUGGGCUCAAAGAGACUGUACAUUGAUAAGCGGCAGCAACAACAUGGACUGCUGAAUGGUGUGUGUAAACAAGGUGGCCAUCCAAGAAGCUCUCCCCUUGCCAUCAUUGCCCCAACCACCACUUGCUCAGUGCCUCUAGACAGCAAAUCCUUGGGGCUUCUCAAGGAUGUUUUUGCACAAACUCAGUGGCCUUCCCCUGAAGAAUACAAUCAGCUUGAGGACCAGACAGGCCUGGCUCGCACAGAAAUCGUCCGCUGGUUCAAGGACAGCAGGUCAGCCCUGAAGAGUGGGACCUUGGAGUGGAUGGAGCUUUUCCAUAAACUGAACAGCAGUGGGCAAAAUGGAGAGGGGGUGCUACUGAGCACAGAGAAUGCUUUCAGCAUAAUCAAGCGCUACCAGGAAGUAAAAGCACCCAAGGUGGAGGAUAUUGGGAGGCUAGCAGAGCAUGCCAGUCUUGGCAGCCAAGAGAUCAAAGAAUGGUUUGCUGGAAAAUUUAAACAAAACACAUCUGAUGGUGGCCAAAAUGGAGGCUUUCGAGAGGGGUUCGGGAGCUGGAUGGAUGAAACCAAGGGGAUGGAUGCACUCAUGGGUGCUAAGGAACUGGUCUCGGACAAAGACAGGGUGAUGGAGGAUGCUUCUGGAAGGGUGACUGGAUAAAGGGUGAGAAAAGUUGCCACUCAGUUGCACACAGGAGCUGAGAAGAAAAGGAAAGAGUUUAAUUAUUGAAUAUUGUAUUUUCUGAACAAAUUAUUUCUUGCUUGUUCCAUCCCAGUUUGUGCCCAACAUUUCCUCAAGGUUGAGCUAACUUCGUAGAACGUUUAAAAAGAAACAUGGUGGUAAUGUUGUGCGUGAUUUAGGAUGAAGUAGAAGACACAGAGCACUGAAUGUGUGCCUGAAGCACUGACCAGGUGGUGAUCGUAGAGUGCCAAAGCUGGAUUUGCUGCAUUAUUACACUUUUAAAAAAAGGUUAUUGUAAAUAUUUUUUCUGUAUUGCUACAGAUUUGUAAAAUUUUGGGGGAAUUUUGUUACAUUUUAUAAUGGGAGCAACUCGUCCCUUUUUUUCGCUCCAGUUGGUCUUAGUGGUCUGUCUUACAUUUUGUAAUGAAACACAAUGAACCACUACAAUUGUUGGCAAUACUUCAGUCAGUUUUCUAAUGCUGAACUUCCGUUGCAGUUCCCUCUUGUCAAGUGGACUUACUUCACAUCAAAUCAAACUAUUUACUGUUCUGAAGUGCUAUUUUUGGCCUCAAAGCCAACCUGCACUCUUGUAAGGAACAUGCUUGUUUGACCAUGUGAUGUUGUGGACCUACGUUAGAGGAAAAGAACGGUCAGUGGCAAAUCCAGAAAGAAAUAAUCACAUUGAAACAAAUCCGGAAUCAUGCUGCCUGCAUCAUAUUCUAAUAUCUUUCUCUAUUUGAUUUAUUUGUUGUUUCUGCAGAUGAACAUACACAUGUGUAAUAGCCUUUAUACAUGUUGGCUUAAUAGAAUUAGUGCUAGUUCUAUUCAGACAGUAGAAACAAACCAAUACAAACUCUUUAUGUACUGCUUCCGCCGUAGUGUCAUGGUCAAGACAUACUGUAUCAAUAAAUACUGUAUUUAUUCCAAGGUCCUGCUUACUCUUUUCAAAAACCAGUUGUCUGCUGUAAUCUAAUAAAACAGAAGCCUUUUUUUAAAGGUA